CGGCGCCGUCAGUGAAACGGUGCCCGGUCACCAUACUUAUCAGUUCGUUCGGCAUCUCGCGAACUAACGGUCGGUUUUCUGCUUGCCACUGCGUUCCCGAUUAGAAUUGUUCCGUUGUACGACUUAUGGUAAGGUGAAGUGAUCAAUGCAUACGGAGCUCAGUGGAGGAUAUGGACCACUACUCCAAAGCUGGGUUUAGAUCGACAGAUUGAACAAAUUGAAACCCAAUUAAACGUCAAUUAAAGUGUCCUUAUCGUGUGUGGUUUCGGUGGUGGUGUGCGGCUGUGUCUAUUGUAGGUGUGGAACUGUAGGUGUGCACGAAAGGACAUCGAUAGGAAGGUUCUCCAGGUGUCCCUGUGUGGUCAAGUGAUUUGGUGCUUCAUCUUGCAGAGAUAAAUCUCAGGCUUGAGAACUUCUACGAACUGCUGAAAAAAAACACAACACCACCAUGGAUGCUGGCGACGACAGCUACGACCAAAUCAUGGCCCAGGCCGGUAACGAUGGCAAGUUUCAGCGACGCUACAAUCUGCUCUUUAACUUCGGUGCGAUCUGCUUUGCGUCCAUGUCGUACAUGAGCAUCAUUCUGGCGCUGAACAAACCGCCCCACAACUGCCACGUGCCGGGCAUGGAACAGUACAACAUUACCGAUGCAAACCUGUGGAAAAAUCUAACCUUACCCAGAGAAACGGAUAACCGUGGUCAACUUGGGUACAGUAAAUGUCAGAUGUACAACAUUACGGAGCAACAUCUGCAGCGUCACUACACGGAAUGGAGCUUCGAAAGCAGCGACAUCAUCGACUGUGCCUACGGCUACGAGUACGAUCGCACCUAUUACGACCGUACACCCAUCACCGAGUACGAUUGGAUCUGUGACAAGGGUUUCCGGGAAACGAACAUUUUCAUCUACAACCGAUUGGGCGAACUUGUUGGGACCGUCAUCUUUGGCCACCUUGGUGACACAUUAGGCCGCCGGCCCGUGUUCAACCUGAGCAUACUGAUCGUUACGGCGGGCCGGUUGGUAUCGAUGUUUACUGCCGCCUACUACGUCGUGUUUUGCAUCGCAGCCGUCGUUGGCAGCCUGACGGCACACUCCAUCUUUCAGUCGCCUUUGAUCAUCGCCAUGGAGAUAUCGAAAAGCGAAAGACGGGGCCACAUUUCGAUGAUGCAGUGCAUCGGCUGGACGACCGGUCUGUGCAUUCUGCCGAUGGUGUUCUGGGCUACAAAGGAUUGGUUUUGGGCAUUGCUGAUUACAGUGACGCCAAUCGUCGUGUUCGUAUUCAUACCGAGUUAUUCGAUUGAAUCACCCCGAUGGUUAGCGACCCGUGGAAACUACCGUGAGGCCAUGGUACAGUUUCGGAAAAUUGCCACUAUCAACGGUAUCCGCGAGCUGACAUUUGAUGAAACUGUACUGGAAAAGCAGCUAGCGAACCAUCGCACGGACACCGUGUACGGCAUUGCCUCACUGUUCAACGGAUGGCGGAUGGCGAAAAACACGAUUCUGGUUAUUCUCUGCUGGACGGUGUGCAGUGUGACGUACUUUACGCUGGUGCUGCUCAGCUCGCGCAUGGACGGCAACCCGUUCCUGAACUUCAUGUACCAGGCUCUGAUUGAGGUGCCGGCGGCAUACAUGGGACAGCGAGCGAGCGAUCGCUACGGUCGGCGGGCAACCAACGCGCUCGCCCUGUGCUCUGCCACGGUCGCCUGUAUCGUGCUGGUGCUGAUUGUACGCGACCCGGCAAACGAAAUGGCGUCCACCGCACUAGCGACGUUCGUGAAGUUUUGCAUCUCCAUUACCUUUUUCGCCGUCAACCUGCAAUCGAUCGAGAUCUAUCCGACCUGUCUGCGGCAAACGGGCAUGUCCGUCGGUACGAUAGCGGCCACCAUCUUCGGUAUCGUUGGCCCGUACGUGGUACACCUCGGCACGGAGUAUGACGUGCGCUACCCGUUCCUGGUGAUGGGGCUUUCGUCUGCCGUGGGCAUACUGGCGGCAUUGUUCCUGCCCGAAACGUUACACCAAUCGCUUCCGAACACGAUUGAGGAGGCACAGAAAUUUGGCAAACAUCAACGCUUCUGGUCAUUGCCGAAGGCACCGAAAUCUCCGGUGGCGAAAGGUGAAGAAUCCAUCCGUCUCGCAGUGCCCGAAGGCGAUGCGGAACAAGCGUCCGGUGGGGGGACUAAAUAAAAAAAAUAGUAAACUUCCUUCUUCCAAGAUUGAGUUUCACUUCACGCUGAA